UGGCAGCAGCCGCGCGUUUGGAGAGGUAAUGUAGGCAUUUCAGUUAGACAAGAGAGAGGAACCAGGCAUGUCAGCUCUUUGUCCACCACCAUCUCCUGCAGUUGCUAAGACAGAGAUCUCUUUGAAUGGCGAGUCACCAUUAUUAGCUGCCACUUUUGCUUACUGGGACAACAUUCUUGGCCCCCGAGUGCGGCAUAUCUGGGCUCCAAAGACAGAACAGGUACUUCUCAGUGAUGGCGAAAUAACUUUUCUCGCUAACCACACCCUGAAUGGAGAAAUACUUCGGAAUGCAGAAAGUGGCGCAAUAGACGUGAAGUUCUUUGUUUUGGCCGAGAAAAGGGUAAUCAUUGUGUCAUUAAUCUUCGAUGGAAACUGGAACGGAGACAGAAGCACAUAUGGACUAUCAAUUAUACUUCCACAAAGUGAGCUUGGUUUCUACUUGCCACUUCACAGAGUAUGCGUGGAUAGGUUAACACAUAUUAUAAGGAAAGGAAGGAUAUGGAUGCAUAAGGAGAGGCAAGAACAUUUCCAGAAGAUUGUCUUGGAAGGCACAGAGAGAAUGGAGGAUCAGGGUCAGAGCAUCAUUCCAAUGCUGACAGGAGAAGUCAUUCCUGUAAUGGAACUCCUUUCAUCUAUGAAAUCCCACAGUGUUCCAGAAGAAAUAGAUAUAACUGACACAGUGCUAAAUGAUGAUGACAUUGGGGAUAGUUGCCAUGAAGGCUUUCUCCUCAAUGCAAUUAGUUCACACCUGCAGACCUGUGGUUGUUCAGUAGUCGUAGGAAGCAGUGCAGAAAAAGUUAAUAAGAUUGUGAGGACAUUGUGCCUGUUUCUCACACCAUCUGAGCGAAAGUGUUCCAGACUCUGUAGAAGUGAAUCCUCUUUCAAAUAUGAGUCAGGACUUUUUGUUCAAGGCUUACUCAAAGAUGCAACAGGAAGCUUUGUGUUGCCCUUCCGUCAAGUAAUGUAUGCCCCGUACCCUACUACACAUAUAGAUGUGGAUGUCAAUACGGUGAAGCAGAUGCCCCCUUGUCAUGAGCACAUCUAUAACCAACGACGAUACAUGAGAUCUGAGCUGACAGCAUUUUGGAGAGCUAAUUCAGAUGAAGAAAUGUCUCAAGAUCAUAUUAUCCACACAGAUGAAAGUUUCACACCUGAUUUAAAUGUCUUUCAAGAUAUUGUGCAUAGAGAUACAUUAGUAAAAGCCUUCCUGGAUCAGAUCUUUCACCUGAAGCCUGGCUUGUCUCUAAGAAGUACUUUCCUUGCACAAUUUCUGCUUGUCCUUCAUAGGAAAGCGUUAACUUUAAUAAAGUACAUAGAGGAUGACACGCAAAAAGGCAAAAAACCUUUUAAGUCUCUUCGUAGCUUAAAGAUUGAUCUUGACUUGACAGCAGAGGGUGAUCUUAACAUAAUAAUGGCUUUGGCGGAGAAGAUUAAACCAGGUCUACACUCCUUUAUCUUUGGGAGGCCAUUCUACACUAGUGUACAAGAACGUGACAUGCUCAUGACAUUUUAAAGUCUUCCCUGCAUCUGAUAUUGCAGUCCUGCAGAGCAUAAAAUCUGUCAGUGUGACCCCCACACUGGUGACAAGCAUUGAGGACUGAAGAUGAGGCAUUAGGAGCACAGUAACACUGAGGUGUGUCUCAAGCAGUAGGGGCCUUGUUAGAGGGAAUUUCAGCUUAGCUAGAUAAGCAUGAUUUUAAUUAAUUGCUCUCUUCUGUGUGUUUUUUUAAUUGUAAAUGUUCCCAGAGGGUUCUUGGCCAUAUUGGCUUAGUGGAUAAAGGUGAAUAUGUUUUGGUGUAUGAUAAAAGGAAACAUUUUAAUUUUUAUUGCCCAGAUACUUCUUUCAGGUGUGUGUCAGAUUUUCCCUGUUCUGUUGUGUCAGUAUUUUCUGUGUUUCCAUAGAAAAUAGUACUUAUCUCCUCUCUAACCAUGGGGGUUGCAGAAGAGCCACCUUCCAAGGGUUUCAGAGUUUUUAGAACUUAUGUAUGUUCUUAUUUGUUCUUAUGUAUGUGGUGCAAAUCUUAAAUAUGACUUUUACUUAUCUGCUUCUUUUAACACUACUUUCUCCUUCCUUUAGAGCAUUUAAACAUAUUUGGAAUUUUUAAUAUAUUACAAAGUGCUAUUUUGGGUGCAGACAAUUAAUAUUUGCAGCUUAAAUAGCAGUACAUUGCACGUGGGAAUUAGGUCAUUACUCAAGCGGCUUUGUACAUGUAAGUGCUAAGCAGGAUACCCUUAUGAUAUAUUUCUGGCCUGUCUUUCUGUGUGUAAACUACCACUGGUAUUUGCACUGUCAAUUUCAAUGAGGCUCAUAGAAUCAUUUAGAAUGGAAAAGAUCUUUAAGAUCAUUGAGUCCAACCAUUUAUCCAGAACUGCGAGGUCCACCAAUAAAUCUUUUUCCUGAGAGCCACAUCUACACAUUUUAAUUCUUCUAGGGGCAGUGAUUCCACUACCUGGGCACAUUGUUCCAAUGCUUGACAAAAUAUUCAGAUUAAAAUAUUAGACCCUUCCAAAGAACAUCAAGGUGAUAGCCAAGCUAAAAGAUAAAACGGUAUUUUUUUUUUCAUUUACAUCAUCAUUAAUAUAUUUAGCAAUCCUUAAUUUAAAGAUGUGCAUGGCUAUGAACUAAUGUGAUUAGCAUUUUAGUAAGUUAACUCCAGUCAUUAAUCUUACCUAUCUUCUUAGUUCAGCUUAGUGUAUCUCCAAUAGCUUGAAAAUCAAAACACAUUUUCUAUUGGUAUGUCUCAGCCUAUCUUUUUCAGUAGCAUCUUGAGCAGUAUGGUGUCAGGUUAAUCCAGACUUUUUUUUUUACCCAGAAAUCAGAGGUCCAUCUAUACUGCAUGUUGUUAAUCCAGACUUUUUUUUUUUUACCCAGAAAUCAUGGGUCCAUCUCUACUCUUUCUGGACAAGUAUAUGAAUUUAUUUGUGUCAUGUUUCAGCAUAAAGUCAUAACUCAAUAUGCUUUGGAAAAAUGAAAGAGCUGCAGUGAUUGGAGAAGCCAUGGGUGCUUUUUUGCUUACCUUGUUUAUAACUCUCCUUUGGAAAUAGGUUUCUGUUUUCAAGAUAGCUUUUUAGUAUUAUUUUCAUGCAGUGUGUCAGAAAAGUUAGAAGUUAGAUUCACAACUUUUCCUGAAAUGUCUAAUACUCAGAUUUUAAAAUAAAUAGUGUCCUUUGUUUAGAUGCCCAAAAUUCCCUUACAUUUCCUGAAAGACAAAGAUUCUCAGUCAAAUGUUUUGAGGCUCUAAAAGAUGUGAAAUUGAGCCCCACCUGCACAUCUUUUUUGUGAGUUUGCAUCAUCAGUGUUACCUGGUUGCAAAAGAACUGACAUUCUGUGCAGCCAUCUUUCUGCUGUACAUGCAUAUAGAACUCUAGCAGUAAGCUUGAUGAUUCACCAAAGGAACUUGUCAGAGUUACAUAAGUUACUUGUGCUGCGAUUCUGUUUGUCAUUCUACCACUACUGUUCCCUUCUGCAUUUUCAAUCAAGAUGUUAGAGCAUGAAUGUGCUUAAGUUGUUACUCUCAUGUCUGAAUAGUGAAAGAAAUGUAAUAAACACUGCCAAAACUUCUAAUGUAGAGGUUGUGUCAAAAUAUAAGAGCUUUAAAUCUGGUGAAAAUAAUCCUUUCAGCUUGAUAAGCAUUGGAAACUCAACACUGACGCUACUAACGGUCUUUUGUUUACUGAAGAUUCUGUUACUUUUUGAAGUUACUGAAAACUGGAAAUUCAAUUGCUACUUUUGUUGCACAGCUGUCACAAAUGCAGAAUGUAUAGUGAAGUACAUAGUUAAAUGCAUCUGCAUGUUGUGUUGUAAAUCUAGCUCAGGAAACAACAUAAUAAAAUUC